ACCAUUUGAACAACUUUUAAAGGAGGCCACCCAAGGAUCAUCAAUAGUUUCACAGGAGAUGAUGUUUAAAGACCAAGCAUGACGACGGAUGUAGGGGGAUCACUGUAACUCACCAUGAGCAUGUUGUUUUCACAUAACCCUUUAGUCGAUGAGAACCAGUCUGGCUAUAGUCAGAGCCAAUCAGUAAUAUGUUUGUUCUCAUGUUCCCAUAUUCAAAGCGCGGCAUAUUUUAACAUGGCAAAGCUGGGGAGCCAAUUUUGAUUUUGUCGAAAGAUUUUGUAAAUGGAGUAAAACGGAGAUAAUCUUAAUGUUUAUUUCACCUAUCAGGGUUCGACAUUUACGGGAUCCCGCGAGCCCGAGGAUCGUAAAAACUCGGGAGGAAUCUCUGCUGCUCAGAGCUGAAGAUUCCGCCGGGAUCGUUGUUAUUAUUGCCAAUAAACUAAUUCUAAAUAAAGUACUUGAAUAAACUAGAUAAAAAAUUAAGAAAAUUGCAAUCAUUCAACUGCGUUUCAAUAUCGGGGAUAGAAAAAAAAGAAUAAAAAAUAAAAUUAGUUGCCUCCAACCCGGUCUUGAUAAUCUUUAUCUUUUAGACGCUUUAUUUAAAUGAGUCGCCAACAACGGCAAGCGCUUGCCGAUUGCAAUCUAUUUUCGCGAUGUGGCGUUACUUAAAUCAAGUGACAGAACCCCCUAAAAAGAAAACUAAAACUUCUGAAGAAAGGAAAGAGACUCAGCGCGAAUAUGACAGGCUUCAACGUGACCGCACCUUUCAAAAUACAUGGCUGACGCAAUUUUCUUGGUUAGUAUAUGACGGUGAAAAAAAAGAAAUGAAAUGCAAUGUUUGUAUAAAUUAUGACAAGACAGGGUCGUUUAUAACGGGUUGUGAUAAUAUGAAAUUAAAAAAUAUAAAGAGGCAUGAUCAAUCUGAGUGUCACAUCAAUAAUGUUAAACGUCAAAAGGCCAGUGUUGCUCCCGGAUCAUCAGCUGCAAACAAGGCUGUGAAAAUGUUGAAUUGUGCAGCAUUUUCUAAGUUAAAACUUCUAUUUAGAAAUGCCCACUAUAUUGCUAAAUCUGGCAAACCAUACUCUGACUUUAUAUAUUUGUGUCAGUUGGACAUUAUGAAAGGGAUAGAUGUUGGCACAACCUACAUCAAUGACAAAUAUUGUGCCAAAUUUAUAAGUGCCAUUGCAGCUGUUAGGAAGCAAGAGCAAGAUAGGAUCAUCAGUGAGGCUCCAUUUAUGUCAGUAAUUUCAGAUGGAGCCACUGACAGUUCAUGUAAGGAAGCUGAAAUCGUACUUGUGAGGUCUUCAUUCCAGUGUCAGGUUCAAACCCAUUUUAUAGCUAUUAGAAAUGUUCAAAAAGCUGACAGCACACACAUAACAGAAGCCUUAUCUGAUGCACUUUCUGAACGUUUCGGUGAAGCUUGGAAGAAAACACUGGUAGCUAUGGGGACGGAUGGAGCCUCAGUUAUGCUCGGUUGCAAAACAGGUGUUGUACAGAAAAUGAGGGAGCUGACAAAAUCUCAGAUAUAUGCAAUUCACUGCUCGGCACAUAGAUUGGAGCUUGUUUACAAAGAUGCUGUGAAAAAGCUUCCCAGUAAGACCCACAACAAAUGUGAAGCCCUGCUCUUGAAUUUGUAUCUGUUUUACAAGUUCAGCCCACUGAACAGAGCAAACCUUACAGAGUCGUUCAAGGCUAUGGGAAUUUCUCCAAAGGUACCUACACGAGUUGGUGGAACAAGAUGGCUGCCCCACACGAAAUUGGCUUUAAAGAAUUUUCUUCAUAGUUACGAGGCCAUAACACAGCACCUAGAACAGAUACAGAACCCAUCUGAUCCUUCACACAGGAAAGACUCGGCAGCCAAAGGAAAGCAUUUUCUUAGUGUCAUGAAAAGUGAAAAUACCAUGUUUUGGAUGCAUUUUCUUCUGGAUGUUGUUGUAUGCUUGAGUAUGGCACCUGAGGCCAUACAAGAGGAAAAUGCUAAUCUGGCAGAUAUCUGGAAUGAACUUGAAACAGUAAAAUCUACUCUGAAAAAGUUUAAGAGCAGGUACUGAUUUCUGGAAUAUUAGACUAGUUACUAUAUCUCCUAUUCAGCUAAACAGCUUAUCUAUGUCUCCUAUAAUAGCAUGUUGUAUUUGUUGUGGCAGUUUGUAUUGUAGCCUGUUUCUGUUGUGCUUUUAUAUAUUCAAAUCUGCUAGCUAGUAUAACACUUUCUUGUAAUCCUAUCACUAAUCUUUACCUUUACUUAUAUCAUUUGUGCUAUGCUUUAUUUACUGUUUUGCUUAACCCUUUGUAUGCUCUGCUUUAACAGUUUUGCUUACUAAUAACCUGCUUUUUGACAGCAAUGGACCAAAUCUGCGAAAAUUUGAAUCUGAAAAGCAACAUGAUGAAGUCAUGAUUAUUGAUUCGAGUAGGUCACUGUUUCUCGAUGAACUAGUUAGUGCCAUAGACUGAAGAUUCAGUGGUGACCUUCAUUUAUUUCGAGGCAGUUCCUUUAUUAAUUUUAGGAACUGGCCACAGUCUUCAAAUGAUGGAAUAGGUACGAAGAGAUUUAGGUAUUGUGAUUAAACCAAGCAACUUGAUUUGAUGUAAGAAGUAAUUAACUGAUUACUAUUGCAGUUCAUGCACAUCCUUAACAUCAUACAUAAAAAUUGCUUCACCAAUAGCCAGUAAGUAAACAUUUUUUGUCAUUAAAAGUCAGUUGAUUAACUUUAAAACUAAUUUCCUGUCUUCAGAUGAGUUUGGUGAUGAAGACAUACAGUCUGUUUUGGCAGUUUGUGAGUCAAGCCUCAAAGAAGCUAAUGUUGAAGUUGACAACAUAGAACAUGAAUGGUCAAGACUGAAAACAGAGUUGUA